AUGCUGCUGCCCCACGGCCACAACCUGGGAUCCUCUUACGGUGAACACUUAGAAAACACUGGAGGGAAUUUAUGGUUUCUCUUCUGUCAUGAGCAGAAGGGAGAAAGGCCCAGCUGCGCCCGAGCGCAGCGGCUCAGACGCGGUCGCAUCUUCGUGGACGGUAGAGGCGGCAGCGAGCUAGAGUCAGCGUCGCAGCUCGCGGCCACCGAGAGGCCGGGCGAGUCCGAGCGCCGGGACCUGGCCCGGGCUCGGAGGACACCUCAGUGCGCGGCUGGUACGUGGACAUUGGUGAUGUCUCGUGAGUUGCUGAGGCUUCGCCUCUCGCACGAGUAG